GGCUUCUUCCUCCUGAGAGAGAAACAAGACAGUUGAAAGCUGAGAAGGAAGCAGAACUGCAAUGAGUAGAUAUUUUCGUUAGAUUGGGGGUAAAGUUAGUUCCGCUCACAGUUUUACCCUUUGCCUUAAACCUCUGUCCCUCACUCGCCGUGUGGGAUUAACGGAGGAGCUCGGCUGUCGGUCAGAGCGGAUUAUUUUGCUCCAAGCGGAUCGCAGCCAUGAUGGCGUCAAGCUACAACGCUAAGGAAGAGGACGGGCACCACUCCGGUGCUUCGAGCGGCGCGGGGGCCGCGAAAAACCGAAAACCGGACAACACGGCGUUCAAACAGCAGAGACUUCCAGCCUGGCAGCCUAUCCUCACGGCAGGCAGUGUGCUGCCCGCUUUCUUCGUUAUUGGGCUCAUCUUCAUCCCCAUCGGCAUCGGCCUGUACGUCACAUCCAACAACAUCAGAGAGUUCGAGAUCGAUUACACCGGUGAGAGCAGUAACAGCCCGUGCUACAGCUGUGCAAAGAACGUCACCUGGAACAGCACAGAGCCCUGUUUCUGCACUGUCAAUUUCACAUUGGCGCGGCCGUUUGAGAGUAAUGUCUUCAUGUACUACGGCUUAUCCAACUUCUAUCAGAACCACAGACGCUAUGUGAAGUCCCGCGAUGACCGGCAGCUGAAUGGUGACCCGUCUUCUUUGAGGAACCCCAGCAAGGAGUGUGAGCCGUACCGUACGAGCGGAGACCUGCCCAUCGCUCCGUGCGGGGCCAUAGCUAACAGCCUUUUCAAUGACUCUCUGGUGCUGUACUACAUCGAUUCCAACAACAGCCAGUCUGAAGUUCCUCUGGUAAAAAAAGGCAUUGCAUGGUGGACAGACAAGCACGUGAAAUUCAAGAAUCCAGGUGGAAACAGCAACCUGACUGCAGCUUUCCAAGGCACGGCUAAGCCAGUCAACUGGAGGAAGCCAGUGUACGAGCUGGACCCGUCGGAUCCCGAGAACAACGGCUUCAUCAACGAGGACUUCAUUGUGUGGAUGCGCACGGCUGCGUUGCCCACCUUUCGGAAGCUCUACCGCAUCAUCCAGAAGAAGCCUGGUGCCACCCCAACUUUACCCAGUGGCAAUUAUGUGUUGCACAUUACCUACAAUUACCCCGUGCUCAGUUUUGAUGGUCGCAAGCGGAUGAUCCUGAGCACCAUCUCCUGGAUGGGAGGAAAGAACCCCUUCCUGGGCAUCGCCUACAUCACCGUGGGCUCCAUCUGCUUCUUCCUGGGUGUGGUUCUGCUCAUCAUCCACCACAAAUACGACAACCGCAACACCAGUGCAGAUAUUCCGAGCUAAACGCUGCGUUACUGCAUGCACGAGUGUGUGGUGUGGUUGUGUAAGGAUGGUAGCACCUCAAGUUUCUCUGUGCGUCUCUGUGUGUAAAGCUUCAGGCUGGAUCGCUGAAAAUGUCCUGUUACGUCUUCAGAUUUGUAAUCUUUUAUUUAUCUAUCAAAGUACCUGUUUUAUGUUAGCAGUGCUUUGCGAAUGGCUUCAUUACUGAAGGAUGUAAUUUUAAUGCAAGUUUUUGUCCAUAUUAUGUAAAGUUAUAUGACCCGGUGAUGAAUGUACCCUGAUACUUCACUGACAUACCUCUGUGGGCUCUGAGAUUACCUUAAAUAUAGAAGGGUUAUGAUUGCUUGGGUCACUACUGAUAUUCAAGAGUCAUAUAAUAUUAAUGAGCAGUAAUAGAAGUGUGGUUUUCUGCCCUCCAAUGUGACCAAGGAGCCGGUCUUUUAUUUAUUAUUCAUAAAACUUCCUUCAUACAGUAUUUCUGAUUCAAAGACGGUGUCUCUGGGUGGGUGGUUGGAGCACAAGAAUUCUUUCAUUUUUUUAUGGUUCGGCCAGAGUGUGAAAUCAUCUUUGACUCGUUAACGUUGACCAAACGAUAUGCACUUUAAAAGUGUCGCGUUUGUUGGGUUCCUCCUUGUUUCUGCCCUCCUGGACUGUUCUUGGUUUAUUGAUGCUGUUAAAAUGGUUUAAGGUUAAACUCCUUGGGUUUUAUAAGGGUCCAAUUAAAGAACCUGGUCACUGA